GGAGGGAGCACGGUGUGCCGCUGUGCGCCGCGCGUUGCACAGUGCCGAGGCCAAUCAUGACAUGAGCCCCCGCCUCCGGCCUCCGGGCAUUUUCUGGUGGCUCUGGCUCCCCUUCCCGCCGCAGAGCAGACGUGACGCGCAGUCACUGCACGCCGUCGCCAUCGCUCCAUUCAGUGCACCCUCGCUCUCUCGUGUCAUCCAGCUAUCUCGUGUCGUACGUCUUGGCAACCUCUUCUUAUUCCCGCCCCCCUGGUCCCUGCAUCUCCGAGCUUACCUCAGCUUGCUGCCAUCUUUUGCUGUCCUUCCAGUUCAGACCACUUCCUGUCUCUGCCAUCCAGUGCAUCGCCGUUCUCUGUGUCCUUGUUCGUCGUGUGCAGUUCUUGGAGAUGAGGAGAUCGUCUCCGGGGAUGAUGAGCCGAAGCUACGACGCGGGCAGCGGGGGAAGGGGGCUGCUGGCCUGCUACGUGAGGGCGAAGCCGAGGCCGUCCAAGUGGGACGACGCGCAGCGGUGGCUCUCCUCCUCCUCCUCCUCCCAGGCGCCCGACGACGACCGGCGCCGGAGCUCCUGCGCCGACGACCGGCUGCUGCUGCCGUCCGCGUCGCAGAAGGGGAGGCACUCGUGGAGCACCUCGGACGCCGCCGCCGCUGCCGUGCCCGCGGCGGCGCGGGAGGACGGGGAGGCGGAGGCCGGGGCGGAGACCAAGAGGAUGGACUCCGUGCUGGCGUACGGGCAGCAGCCGCCAAGGAGCCUCUCGCUGCGGGACAUCGGCACGGAGAUGACGCCGGCCGGGAGCAAGGAGGCGUCCAGGGCCAACACGCCUCGCGCCACCCUGGCGGCCGAGCCGUCACCGGCGCCGUCCACGACAAGGCGCUCGAGCGAAUCCCACGCGUCGCGGCGCCGGCCGGACGCGACGAGCGGCGGAUCGCCACCGGGCCAAGCGGCGGCCGCGGCCUGCGAUGGCGCCGGCGCCGGCGCCGAGGAGCGGAAGGAAGCUGCGGCGGCCGGCGCGCCGGCGGCCGUGUCGCCGGCCACGGCGUGGGACGCGGCCGAGCGCGCCAAGCACAUGGCAAGGUACCGGCGCGAGGAGAUGAAGAUACAGGCCUGGGAGAACCGGCGGCGGCAGAAGGCCGAGCUGGAGAUGAAGAUGGCCGAGGCCAAGGCGGAGAGGAUGAAGCUGCGGGCGCGGGAGAAGACGGCGAGCAAGCUGGCCUCGGCGCAGGCGGCGGCCAGGGAGAAGCGCGCGGCGGCGGAGGCCAAGCUGAGCCGGCGCGCCGCGCGGGUCGGGGACAGGGCGGACGUGCUGCGGCGGACCGGGCACCUGCCGUCCUCCUCCGGGUUCUCGCUCAAGCUGCCGCUGCUGUGCAGCUGAACCUGAACGCGCGAGGCCGGGCACGUGCCGGGGGCGCCGGGGUCGCUUGCGGGUUUGGGACUUGGGACAUCGCUCGUGCGCGGUAUAUUUCCGGAUCCGGGCGUUGUUGAUACGUGGCCGAGCAGUGGUGGAUGCACGUGUGUGUUUUUGUUGUCUGGUGGUGGCUAUGACUACAGACUGGAGGGUGCGUGCGGCGUGGGGUGUGGCAGUGUCGAUACGGGUGGUGUUCAGAGAGUCGACGACAUGGUCGGGGCGUUUACUCGCGUCCUGUUUCGACCGUGCGGGUUGUGAUGCACGGCACAGAGUUGAAGGCGGUAUUUUAUCUGCAAAAGUCAAUAAAGAAAAAAAAAAGAUGCAUUUUAAAUCU